GAUUAGGAACCAACCACUACCACUUCAAACUUUGCUGCCAAUAUCAUACAUCAGAAGAACGGAACAAACAGAAACAAGUAAUGAAUGUCAAAAUGCUGAAGAAGGUGCUAGGAAUAUUAAUGAGACACCAUUUACUUUUCUCAUUGAAAACUCUAAGGAGAGUAUAAGUAGUCAAGUUGUAUUUGUGGUAAGUCCAUCAGGGGAAGUAACCAUUUGCAAACACGAGAAUAUAUGCUGCGCUUCACCAUUAUCUAGCUUGGAAAUGGAAACCACCAUUCUUAAUGUGACAGACGAGGAAACUGAUGGAUGCAGUAUUGAGAAAACCAUAGAGCUUGAUUAUGAUGAGGAAGUUGAUGACUGUCACUCUAGUGAAACUGUUGGUAUUACCAAAACUGAAGAGUAUAACACUAAGUCCAAUAAGGAAGAUAUGAUUCGACUAGUAGAUGAAACAUCGAAAAUCAACGUUCUUCAUCAAGAAGGUUCUAUUGAGCACAAGCCUGCAGAUGCUAUUGAUGAAUCAAAAGCUUCCCAUUGUUCUUCCACUGUCAUCCAAGAUGGUGUAUGUAGAGUGGGAUCAUACAGGAUCAGAUCAGACUUGGUACUCAUUCUCAGAAGAAUAAUCGAGAAACACGGAGAUAUAUUUCACAAUUGCAAGAUGAUUGAAUCAUCUCAUGAUCACUCCCAGCUACUUGUGAAUAUAUGUGAACUAAUUCAAGAACUUGAAACAGUCCCCUUACAAUGUCUUCAACCCAAACACGUGAACCGCCUCAGAAACGCUGGAAAAGAGCUUGAGGAUUCAGGAGCUGAUGUAAAAUGGCUCAACAAUCAUUGUGACUACCUAGACAACGUUGUUCAACAACUAAGUCAGUUUACUGAGUCAAAAGAAGAACAAAAUGAAUGCCAGAAAAGUCUACAGUGUAAAGAAGAAAGCCUGAUUUUAACACGAGGUAAUAUUUCUGAGCUGCUAGAAGAGAUUAAGGUUCUGGAAGAAGAACUAAAGAAAUCCAGAGAAUAUAUUGGGAAGCUUGACUGUAGCAUAAUGGAUAUUAAGUCUCUAUGUAGAAACUUUGUAGGCAAGUCAUUUACUGAUGGACUCUACUGAAACUCAGGUGAGUAUGCUCAUAAAGUUGGAUAACUCUGUAAAUAUAAAAACACCCACUCAGAACAGUACUUGAGCCAGUCUUGUUUCCACUAUUUGAUCUUGCAAGGUCUUACAAACUGGAUGUAUAAUAGUUAUUGAGCAACUAGUUGUUGAACAAAAACUUUUCCGUUUGCUAGAUCGAUUACCUGAAUCGUUUGUUUAUUCUUUGGAGUAAAAUGCAUUUUUAGGGACUCACCUUUCA